ACGCCUGGGUCCCUUCCCUUACCUCGGGUUCCCUCUCGGGGCACGACGCUCCUUGCGGAGAUCCCGGAAGAGGGGCGCGCGCAAAGAGGGGAAUCCUAAUGUCCAUAAAUGGUAACGGGCGGGUGAGGGGGACAGCAAAAGAAAGGGGCGUCACUCCGAAUCGAGCCCAGAGACCCGUUCCCCUGGCCCCUCCCUUUGCCACUCGAGACCAGUUUCGCUUUCACUCACCCCGACAAAACAGGCACACACGCCGGGACGGUCUUUCUUUGUGGAUUCAGCAUCUCUAAAAAAGCAGCGGCUACCCUAGAAAGAAAAGAUCGAGGGGAAGCAGAUUUCUUUUUUCCCCCUUCAUUCCUCCACAGAGGCAGACCAGGAUCGUUACAGGCCUUGACCCUCUUGCCAAUCUUCAGUAUGCUGGCCAUCCAUCAAGCCAUGUGGAAAUGAGUUGGCAUUAUGGAAUCCCAAAUUUGUCUGUGGUCUUCCUUCUGCUGGUGUCAUUUUCCACCCCAUCUGAGCCAAAUCAGGUCUGCAGCUUUGAGCAUAAUCCUCUCCACAGUGGAAACUUUUCACGUGAAGUCAGAAAUCUGAAACAGUACCUACUCUUCGAUUACCCAGUAUCAGUACCAUCCAACCUGAAACUGGAUGCAUUCUGCCUGGAAUUAUGGGAAGUUCAUUUCAUUAACAAGAAUUUCAAUAACAUGCUCAGUGUAUCUGGGAAUGAACUGAAGAAAUUGAUUCAAAAUGUAACACGUCACACAAAUUUUGCUACGGAAUGUAACUUUACGGACAGCUGUGUCACUUUUGAGAAGACAAACAUCUCUCACUUCCUGGAGCCUAUUCCGUCUUUGCUUGCAACAUUGAGAGACAAGAUGAAUGAACAGAUCGAUGAAGAGCCUGUUGACUUCCAUAACUGCACCAUUAUUCAGUGCCAACCAGACCUUUUUAUUACUCCAGCUGGCGAAAAACAAAGAAGGACCCAGCCCUCCGAUCAAAACUUCCUGGGAAGAUCCCACUGGGGACUCCUUGUCGUUCCGGUUUUUCCCUUUCUCAUCAUUUUGAGCCUUUUGUGCAGGAAAAGAUCCCAGAGACUCCCAAGAUUUGAGGAACCAAACUUUUGAGCCCACAGAGAACUGUUCAGAAAAGAAAGGAUACUUGAAGAACUUCCUUUUCAGACAUGAGUGAUUUGAGAUUGCCAUCUUCGUUCAAAUAAAUGAGAAAAUAUCCUUUUGUACCACCACCGCAGCUGCAGCAAUGGCAGCAGCAGCAACACAUUCCUUGCUCCCAGUUCUCUCCCUCAUGGACUGAAAUACUGCAGAGCACAAAGGCCUCCUUUUGCGGAAGAGGGGAAUGAGAGGGAGAAACUGCAGGAUAUAUACAAAAGACUUGGUGGUGGGGGCUUCAGUUCUGGAUUUUGCCACUGGGUGUUGCUCUGCCAUAAUUUUUAUACUGUAUAUAUUUGUGUGUGUGUGUGAGAGAGAGAG